AUGUCAACCGACGCGCCGGUCGCCGCCUCGAAUGGCAUCCCCGAAGUUGCCACUCCGGAGACCAAGCAAGAGCCCACGGAGGAGCAGGAGAUGCCGUUUUCAUGGCUUCAGCCACACUCAACGUUCGCCAUCGUCCUCGUCGGAACCGAACAGAAGCCGUUUGGCCUUCAGAGAGACUUCUUGUGUGCCAAAUCAAAAUAUUACCACGAGUACUUCAAAGGACAGAACGCGGCCUCCGAGACCAUCGAGAAUGUGGUGAAGCUGCCCCAGUACACGCCGGAAGUCUUCGGCUUGGCUCAGCUUUUCCUCUUCACUGGAGAGGUAUCAGAGGACGCCGAGUCGUUUCCAUCCUAUGAGGCACUUGUUGGUGUGUGGAAGUUGGGUCACGAAUUGGGUAUAGAUGGUCUCUGCGACACGAGUCUUGAUGCAAUGAAAGAGUGCAGACGUCUCACUCAGAACAUCCCCGCCACUCCCCUUCUUGUCCAGGUAUGGAAGGACACCCCUGAAGGCUCAACUAUUCGGAAGCUCCUCCUCUCGUGGGCGGCAGAGUAUAUGCGCUCGUCCGACAAGAAAGCCGAGUUUGCCAAGUCUCUCCCUCAGGAGGUUCUGAGCGAGCUGGUUGUGACCAUGAGUUCACUCGAGAACCUGCCUACGCCCCCUGCAGCAGCCGAUACUGCGUCCGCCGAGCCCACUCCUAGAAAGAGUGUGCACUAUCUGGAGGAGGACAGUGAAGAGGAACAAGAACACAUGUCCAAGAAGAACCGGCGGGCCUCUGCGCCGUUACCGGCGUCCCAGAAUAGAGACAAGACGUUUUCCCGCGCGCCACCUCCCCCGGUCCGUAAGGCAGCGGCUGUAGCGGCAGCAGCAUCGGCACCCCGUCAAAAGCCCGUCAUCCAGAAACGACGCAGCAUUGUUUCGGGGCCAAGUGGCGAAAUCACGACCUCUCAGAAGGUUGAGUUCUGUUCCGAUCUGCUCGAUAGAAUGCUAUCGGGACCUGGCUUUUGGACGAGACUAGUUGGUCCAUUCAAGGAACCUGUCGAUCCUGCCGAGGACGGUGUACCCGAUUACUUUGAGAAGGUGAAGAAACCCAUGGACCUCAACACAGUCAAGCUCAAGAUGUCACAACAUCAGUACCAGACAGAAGACGAAUUUGCGGCCGACGUGCGCCAAAUUUUCGAAAACUGCUACACGUACUGGAAAAAGGGCGAUCCCAUGUGGGCGGCAUGUGAGAAGUUCCAACGGACAUUUGAGGACAAGUAUGCCCAAAUGCACAAGAACAUCUCCAAAAUGCUGCGCGAGCCAGUCGACUAG